UUUUCAAUUCGAUCGUAGUUGUUUAUCCCGUUGAGUUUUUUUUUUUAAAUGCACAACCUUGGCUGAUGUACUUUGGCGACGAGUGUGGGGGUUUUAUGUUUAGCGUUACUUGGAAAUUUCUCUGCGCCCAAGUGAUACGAGCACGCAGUCAUAAAGAUAAGGAAAUCAAGUGAACGUUGUUCAGCUUUUUGCCUACGCACUCGUCUAGUUCCGUAGGUUGCAGCCGACCGGUUAGGAGCUCAAACACGUUUUUCGCUCUCACUUUGCCAAUCUCAAAUUGCAACGGCUUAAAGACUCGACCAACGAAUCUGGUCAACAUUUUUCCGCUAACGGCAUCAUGUUGCGAAAAGGACAAAGAACGUACGGUGGCCCUCCGCCGAAUUGGACAGGGCCACCGCCCACCAAAGGCUCUGAAGUGUUUGUAGGUAAAAUCCCCCGUGAUCUGAUGGAAGAUGAGCUUUUGCCGAUAUUCGAGACGGUCGGCCCCGUGUUUGAGAUCCGUCUGAUGAUGGAUGGGGCUGCCGGGGGUAAUCGUGGUUUCGCUUUUGUAACCUUCACGUCGCCAACGGAUGCAGCCAGAGCCAUUCAGCUACUCAAUCACUACGAAAUUCGACCCAAACGCUUCAUUGGGGUCCUUAGGUCGUUGGACAAUUGCCGUCUAUUUAUCGGGGGAAUACCCAACGAUAAAUCCAAAGAGGACAUACGAGAAGAAAUGUCGCGCCACACAGAUGGUGUCGUUGCCGUCAUCCUCUACAGUGCCAUUGCAGACAAGUCGAAGAACAGAGGCUUUGCAUUCGUCGAGUACGAAUCGCACCGGGCGGCCGCCGUUGCACGUAGGAAAUGCAUGACUGGACGAUUUCAGCUGUUUGAGAAAAGCGUUGCCGUUGACUGGGCAGAGCCAGAACCCACUGUAGAAGAGGAUAUUCUAUCUAAGGUGCGUGUACUCUAUGUUCGCAAUCUUGUGGUGCUCACGCCGGAAGACGUGCUGGCAGAUUUAUUCAAUGCUGCCAGUAACAAUGGAGUUGAAAAGGUGAAAGUGUUGAAAGAUUACGCCUUUGUUCACUUUGCCAGCCGUUCACAAGCGCAGCAAGCCAUGGAUUCCCUUCAAGAUCUGGAGCUGAAUGGCGCCAAGAUGCAAAUAACGUGGGCGAAACCAGUCACGAAAAAGAACAGAAAUUGUGUCGGACAAAGCAAGUUGAGUGUGUCUUCCACGACAUCGAUCGGGACCGUGAGUCAUCAUUCACACUACCCAGUGACAGCUGCACACGUGUGGCCGCACGUCCCUUUCACUCAUCCUGCCGCCAUGCAACCUCAUCUAAAUGGCCUUCACGCGUUUCCGCCAUAUCCUCUCUAUCCGAACCAGAGUGUCUCUUUUAAUUACGUUAUGCCGGACCGCAAUCAUAACCAGUUACCCGUAGAUUUGUUUUACUCGGAUUCCUCACCGUCAGAUUUCAUACAUCAGCGGACAAACGAUGUAAACUCGCAACAACAACAGGGGAUUACACCGUGGAUGAACGGAGGGUACGCUGACAACGUAAAGAUUCUCACAUUUCUGUGCCGGUUACAUGCUUUCGGUGACCCACUAUUUGAAACCUCUGUUAGUGCAGAUCAUCGUUAUGCUGCUAAGGUUAUUAUUCCUGGCCUCGGGCCACCUUAUAACGUGUUUCAAGUUGCUCAGACGUAUGCAACAGAAAUGGAGGCUGAACAAGCAAUCGCUGGAUGUGUGAUAAAUCAUGUGAACCAAGUGCUAUCCGCUUACGGUGAAAGGUCUCUGUGCUCUCGGAUGGAAAACGUUUCCCUAAAAGGUAAUGGUUUCCCUGGACACUACAUUGCAUCGGUGUAGUUCUGGCCAAAAAAAAAAAGUACUCUUGCUAUUCCUUUUGUGCGAGCCUACACUUACAAAACGUUUACCUUUUUUCAUGCUGUUACGCCAUUGUAUGGAUAGCUAGAUAACUUAAGCCAUCUGUGUUAUCAGCAGUUUAGCGGAGCAUGUUGCAUGUUUCGUCGAAAUUCAGAGCGCCUCGCCAACCUAAAGAAAACGGGAAAAUAAGUGGUACGUUGAACCUGGCCAAACGGCUACCAGUUUACAUGGCGCUUUCUUAUAUUUCUGUAAGCACUUUUGCUCCAUUUUUUCUUAGCUGGUAUGAUGCGUUUCAAGUUUUCUAUUUACUUCUCGCCGUAAUAAUAUACCUGUUCUUAAAGCCAAUUUUGUCAUCCUAUCCGUAAUAGCCAAACGCAGUCCCCUUCCUAGUAUGUUAGAAAAUAGAAUGUGAAAACAACCUUUUGCGAAGUUGAAGCUUUCUCUGCCCCCAUCUUUAGACGUCUGUACUAUCCACUUUGAAACAAAAAAGUUGUUGGGUAGAAAGAAGAGAAACCACUCAACAAUUGCGUUGUUCAGACUGCGAAGAUAAAUUGUGUAUUUCUAUACUUUUAAACCAUAUAUGUAACACGAAACCACCGCAUAUAA